GGAGAAGGGAAUUUCUCGUUUUCUGGAGGGAAAAGGAGAUUACUGGUUUUCUUGAGAGAAAGGCUGCUUUCUGAUAUUCCAGAGGGGAAAUGGAAAUUUCUGGUUUUACUGAAGGAGAGGUCAUUUUCCGAAUUUCCUAAGGGAAAGGAGAAUUUCUGGGUUUCCUGGAGGAGAGGCUGGUUUCUGGUUUUCGUGAGGGAAAAGGAAAUCACUAAUUUUCCAGAGGAAAAAGGAAAUUUCAGGUUUUCCUGAGGGAGAGGGAAAUUUCUGGAUUUCCCGAGGAACAGCUGGUUUCUGGUUUUCCUAAGAGGAAGAGGAAUUUUCUAGUUCUCAGGGGAAAGGGAAUUUCUGUUUUUCCACAGGGAGAGUCUGGUUUCUAGUUUUCCUGAGGGAAAAUGGAAUUUCUCUUUUUUUUUCCUGAAGGAGAGACCGGUUCCUGGUUUUCCGGAUGGAAAAGGAAAAUUCUGUUUUUCCUGAGGGAGCAGCUAGUUUCUUGUUUUCCCAAGUGAAAAGGAAGUUUCUUGUUUUCCUGAGGGGAAAGGGAAUUUUUGUUUUUCCUGAGGGAGAGGUCGGACCCUGGUUUUCCUAAGGGAAAGGCAAUUUCUUGUCUUCUGGAAGGAGAGACCAGUUCCUAGUUUUCCCAAGGGAAAGGGAAGUUUCUGGUUUUACUGAGGGAGAGGCUGGUUCCUGGUUUUCGGAAGGGAAAAGGAAAUUUCUGUUUUUCCCUGAGAGAGAGGCUGGUUCCUGGAUUUCCAAAGGGAAGAGGAAAUUUCUGGGUUUGCUGAAAGGGAGGCCAGUUUCUGGUUUUCUGGAGUGAAAAGGAAAUUUCUAGUUAUCCUGAGGGACAAGGAAAUUCCUCCUGAGGGAGAGGCCGGUUUGUAGAUUUGCUGAUGGAAAAGGAAAUUUCUUGUUUUUCUGGAGGAGGAGGCCGGGUUCUGUUUUUCCUGAGGGAGAAGAUCUCUAGCCAUGGCGGAGGGGGAGAGGCCGAGGCCGCUCCUCCGGCUGGUGCAGGAAGGACGGCUGGACCUCCUCCGGGACGAGCUGCGGCCGGACGACGCGCUGGUCCCAGCAGUGCGGAGCCAGCGCUAUGGGCGCUCGGGGGACACGCUGCUGCACCACGCUGCCCGAUACGGGCACCGGGACGUCCUCGCCUACCUGGUAGAGGUGCUGGGGAUGGACAUUGAGGCGUUCAAUAGCGACUACAAAAGACCCCUGCACGAAGCGGCCUCCAUGGGCCACGGGGAGUGUGUCUCCUACCUCCUGGAGAGAGGCGCAAGCGUAGACUGCUUGAAAAAGGCAGACUGGACUCCCCUAAUGAUGGCUUGCACCAGGCAAAACCUGGAGGUGAUCAAAGCUCUUGUGGAGCAUGGAGCCAACCCACUGCUGAAGAAUAAGGAUGGCUGGAAUUGCUUCCACAUCGCGAGCCGUGAGGGCCAUCCUCAGGUCCUCCAGUACCUGCUGGACAUGUCCCCGAGCAGCUGGGACACAGAGAGCACAAUUAAGAGAACGCCUCUGCACACAGCAGGUGCCAGUACAAACCUGACAGCAGAGACAAAUGUGGAGUCACUCCCUUUAUGGAUGCUAUCCAGAACGGGCAUGUCAACAUUGCCCAGCUGCUCCUGGAAAAACACCAGGCCUGUCCUUCAGCCGUGGAUGUGCUGGGCGCGCAACCUCUGCACCGGGCAGCCGUCACGGCCCAGGAUGAAGCCAUCCAGUUCCUCGUCUCCAAGCUGGGUGUUGAUGUCAACGAGAGAGCAACAGCCCUCCAACUCACAGCACUGCACUACGCAGCCAAGGAAGGACACGCACACACCAUCCAGACGCUGCUGUCCCUCGGCGCUGAUGUCCACGCAAAGGAUGGGAAGAGCCGUUCUGCCCUGCACGCAGCAUGCGCUGGGCAGCAGGCGGAUGCCGCACGGAUCCUGCUCCGUGCUGGGCUGCAGGACGCCCCGGAUGGCACGGGCACACUGGCACGGCAGCUCGCGAGGAAGCCAGAUGUCAUCCAGGUUUUCCAGGAUACAAAUGUCAGCGCGUGAGACCAACUGGGAAAAAGAGAAACACGUUUCAUUUCAGCGUGAGGACAAGUGCAGGGAGUCUUCAAGCUGCGUCAACCUCUUACGUCCUUUUUGUGGCCCAAGCCUGCUCCCAAAGCCUGCUGAAAUCAGUAGUAAGACCUCAACCUUGCGACGAUGUCAAGGGUCUUUGGAUCAGACUAAAAAAAGAGGUAUUUGUUAUUCCAGACAGCCUUGCAUGGCACUUCUCGCCACUGAUGAACUUUAAAAAAAAAAAAAAAUCUGCUCUUUGAAGUGUAUAGGGAAAUGGCUUAAUAUUUAAUGUAGCCAGUAAGCCUCUAACAGCCUGGAAUACACAUAAAGGUAAGAGCUACUGUAGCCGUUUGGUUUAUUUGUAUGCAUCUGGAAUUAUAAAUUUGGUUUUGCGUAGAAACAUGGCACGCCCCUGUCUAUAUGUAAUGUCAAGGUGUAAAAAACAAUGGGAUUCUGCAGUUUCGGUGAUAGCAGAUGCUAAAAAUCAGACAGGCCUAUAACUGAGCGAGCGAGCUAGGUUUUGCUCUGCCCAAUCUGUGGUGCUCACGUCAUGGUUUGAUGCAUGACCCACGUGCUCCUGGGUGGGUUUAAGACGAUGCUGAACUCUGUUUGAGUGAGAAAUUCCCACCCCCUGGUCCCUGGAGCAGAAUUUGCCAUGAUGAUCCUAAGCCAGAGCGACAACAGUGCCGUGCUCAUCUCAAGUUAAACAGCCUUUACAGCAGGGUUAGGGCCUCCUUCCCUCUGCUGGCUCGCAUUGCACGAGGAGAGGCAGCGCGCUCACAAAAAUAAUUUGGGGGGCUGUGAGAGGGGGCUGAUAGCUUGAAAGAGGGGGAGAAGCAGGGCUCGGUAGCAUCUUAAGACUCUUCCAAAAAUGCCUGCAAAGACCUGCUUUUUGCCAGUCUUCUCCUGUCUUGUUUCUCCACCUGUGAAGGAGAUUCUUCUCCACCAGGGAGGAAAAACAAAUUAAUGCUGUAAGGCACUGACGGUGCAGGGUGGUGGGAGCCGUAUCAGCCCCUGGGCAGGCAAGGAAGUGGCUUUAUUCCUCUAAAGAUGCUGAAUCCUUCAUAAAUCCGGCCCUGGCCUCCAUACAGCAAACAGCAAUACUGCAACCCAGUAAAUGCAAGGGGCUGCUUUAUUCCCACUUUUAAUGAUUUUAGCAAACCAAGAAAUAGCUGUUUCCUCCCAAUAUCCCUGCUAACGAGCUCAGAUUGCUUGUGAGUCUAAGCUUUUAUGAGAAAGCAAGUGAGAAUGUUUUCAAAUGUCUGUGUCUAGCUGGCCGUGGCAAACACCUUGAAAACACAAAAGGGAAUUUGCAUUAUUUUGAAGGUACGUUAUGAUUUCUGAAGGCUUCUGGAUAGUAGCAGAGGGCCCAUCCGCCUGGGACGGGGAACACAGGCACUGUGCUCUCGUCCAAAAGCGAGACGUAAUGGCACGUCUCCAGCACUGGCUUUUAUUUACUCUGCUUUUAAAUCUGCCCCUUAGGCAAUAAAAAGACGCACGGAAACAAA